AGUAGUAGUCUUAUUGGUGCUCAUCUUAUACACGUUGUGAGGCGAUAUCAAGGCUAUCAAUUCUUUUAACAUGGUACUGUGUAGCCCCCAAAUAUAUAUAGAGGCUGCUACACCUACUGUUCUUAGCUCUAGACCGUAUCCUAGAACUUCGAGAUAAAUAUCACCGACAACAUGCGGUAGGUUAACGCCGAUGCUCUGCCACAAUGAGACACUAAUAUUUCCACCAGACUUGUCCACUUGACUCUGAAUGCUGAGAAUGAAGUUUACAUUAAUUCCGAUAUAUUGAGUUUAUUCGUCGGCGAUAACAGACUGAUGUCACCACUCUCAUCCGAACAAGUCCUUCGACUGGCAAUCGAGAGAUGGCUUAUAAAUGCGACUGCGCGACUGUAUCCUCACAAGUGAUAUUGUUGACUGUAUCAACAAUAAGUCGCCGAUUACUACUACAACGGUAUUCUCUAUAACCAUCCCGAACCAGUACUACUGAUCCACCAUAUCACCACAAUGCCUCGGCAUGGCCAGUACAUCACGGAGAAGGUCACCUACCCAUCCCAUGGAGAAACUGUCGCGGGGGUGCUUUUCCGACCGAAGGAUAUCACAAAUCCGCCGGGAGUGGUAAUCACGGGGCCUUACUCCUUCAUGAAGGAGCAGGCCCCCUACCAGUACGGCACCCGCUUGGCGGACGAAGGAUACGCCGCCCUAAUCUUCGACCCACGGACGGUUGGGGAGAGCACAGGACAGCCCCGCAGACUGGAGAACCCGAAAAUGAAGAAUGAAGACAUGGUCGCGGGCCUCGAUUAUCUGGUAUCUCGCGGAGAUAUUGACCAAUCCAGGCUCUUCCUCGUCGGCAUCUGUCAAGGAGGACCGCAAUCGUUAGACGUGGCCUCGUACGACGACCGGGUGGUCGGCGUAGCAUCUGUAACGGGAUACUACCGCGAUCAUGAGACGGACGUGUAUAUGAUCUGCGCGGGAUGCGUCUCUGUCGAGCCCGGUGCUGAUAUCUCCUCCCUCAAGAUGCCUACACCGGAGCAAGGCGAGGCGCUCUAUCAAGCCCGACUCGAACGCGCGCGGGAGGCGAAGAAGCUGUACGAGACCACAGGGGAAGUCAUCUAUCAACCUCUCGUGGACCCCAAGGCAGCGGACCCCACGACCGGGUCGCUCGCGGGACUGCCGGGCCCCGUGGUAUGGUCAUGGUAUGGUCCAUGGACACUAAAGGGUUUCGAGAACCGAUACGCGGUUAUGAGUGAUUUGGAUCACUUUGGCUAUUCGACUGUGUCCGGAGUGAGUCGGCUCCAAAAGCCCGCCCUGAUCAUUCAUGGAGACAAUUGCAUGAACGCGGCGGCAGCGAAGCGGCAUUUCGACUCGAUCCCAACACAAAACAAAAAGCUCAUCUGGAACAAUGAUGUCUCUCAUUUCCAGCACUAUGACCAGCCGGACUGCAUUGACCAAAACGUUGGAGAUAUUGCCAAUUGGUUUGAACAAAUUUAGUAAGCCCUGGGAGUCAUGCGGUGAGAUUUAGAACGAACUUUUCUCUUCGCAGGUUAUUCAUCGAUACUGAGCUCAUAUCGAGAAAUGUUCGCAGCUGACAAUCCGGUUUGCUGUAAUCAUGUCAAGGUUGCCUUUUAAUAUUAUAUUUUGUCAAGUC